AUGGCUCGCCAGGUUUCGCUUGCUUCAGGCUCGAUUGACCAAACGGUCACCCCUGCACGCAGACGAAAUGCAAGCAAAAGACUGAAUGCUUCCUUUCAAACACCAGAGACAUCAUCAAUCACCAGGUCAGACUCGCCCAGAACACCAGGUUCUACGCCAGAAACCCCGAUCUUGAUAGACUCGGACGACGAAAGAAACAAUACACCUACCAAGCAAAAGCAGCCGAGUAAUCGACCUUCACCAAACAGCUCAGGGAGGAUCCCAAGAUUCGGGCAACUGGACAUUCCAGUCCGCGCUAAGCAUACGACGAGUCUGAGUGCUAGAGAAGAAGCCCAGGACAGCAAAGGCAACGAGGAUAGAACGAGUGAUGCCCAAGUGGACAAAGAAGAUACUAGUAACUGCACACAGCUGGUACAUGCUAGACUGGGCUCAGUCGCUUGUGAGAAACUUCCAAAAUCUGAAGAGGAGGGCCAUCUAUACAUCUUCCAUGAUCCGAAGCACAAGGGUGCAGUCAAGCUUGGAUAUUCAAAAGAUCCCAAUAGACGUACCAAGGAACACGAAAAAUGCGACCUCGAUUUGUUCUUCGUCCAUAUCUCAGGGCGGGUCAAAGCAAUGAAACGUGCAGAGCAGCUCAUCAAGGCCGACUUGAGGCACUUGCGGAGGCCAUGGAAGUGCUCUACUUGCAAGCAUACUCACGAAGAAUGGUUCGAGAUCGAUGAAGAGACAGCAAAAGAAAGAGUGUCUCUUUGGGUCGAUUGGAUCAACGAUUGCGAUCCCUAUGAUACGCGUGGAAACAUCAAACCACUCUGGAGGUACCUGAUAGAGUAUGGGAGGAAACCCCGAGAAGAUCUUGGCACUAAGAAUCACGAAGCUCGAUGGAGACACUGGAACUGGGUCUUGUCAGAGCCUGUACCUACCGACAUACUGGGAUUCCAAAAGCACGAGAAGAAGUUCAGCAGUAUCAGGAGGCGGACGAUGCCGUCACAGUGGGAUGGCAGCGACCAAAUUGCUCUUACCCAUCAGCAGACUGUCACACAUGUUGACGAAACCUCGAUCGAAGCACUGAAGGCGUUGGGAAUUAGCCAGUUCCUUCAUGCAGCAACACAAAGGGCAUCAACGGGCGGUAUUAAUUGGACGCUGAACAUAAACGUCCAGUGUGAGGCUCAUGUUUCUCAAGAGAAACUCUCAGCCAAGGGGUCUUCAUGA